ACUGGCUUCUCCAGGUGCCCUGAGUCUCUCCACCGUCGGUGGUUCAGAUGAGCAGGAUGGAGGGCUGCCUGGGGGAGGAAUCUUUUCAGAUGUGGGAGCUCAACCGGCGCCUGGAGGCCUACCUGGCCAGAGUCAAGGCGCUAGAAGAGCAGAAUGAGCUGCUCAGCGCGGAACUCGGGGGUCUCCGGGCACAGUCUGGGGACGCCUCCUGGCGGGCCCGUGCAGACGACGAACUGGCGGCCCUGCGGGCCCUCGUCGACCAGCGCUGGCGGGAGAAGCACGCGGCCGAGGUGGCGCGAGACAACCUGGUAGAAGAGGUGGAGGGCGUGGCGGGCCGAUACCAGCGUCAGAGGCUGGCCCGGGAGCGGACGGCGGAGGAGGUGGCCCGCCACCGACGCGCGGUCGAGGCGGAGAAGUGCGCCCAGGCCUGGCUGACCACCCAGGCGGCGGAGCUGGAGCGCGAGCUGGAGGCCCUGCGCGCCGCGCACGAGGAGGAGCGCGCCGGGCUGAACGCGCAGGCGGCCUGCGUCCCCCGCGGCCCCGCCGCGCCCCGCGGGGGCCCCGCGCCGGCCCCCGAGGUGGAAGACCUGGCGCGGCGGCUGAGCCAGGCGUGGCGCGGGGCCGUGUUGGGCUACCAGGAGCGCGUGGCGCACAUGGAGACGUCGCUGGGCCAGGCCCUCGAGCGGCUGGGUCGCGCGGUGCAGGGCGCCCGUGAGGGUCGCCUGGAGCUGCAGCAGCUCCAGGCGGAGCGCGGUGGCCUCCAGGAGCGCAGGGCAGCGCUGGAGCAGAGGUUAGAGGGUCGCUGGCAGGAGCGGCUGAGGGCUACUGACAAGUUCCAGCUGGCUGUGGAGGCCUUGGAGCAGGAGAAACAGGGCCUACAGAGCCAGAUUGCCCAGGUCCUGGAAGGUCGGCAGCAGCUGGCACACCUCAAGAUGUCCCUCAGUCUAGAGGUGGCCACAUACAGGACCCUCCUGGAGGCUGAGAACUCCCGGCUGCAGACAGCUGGCAGCGGUUCCAAGGCUCCCCUCAGCUUCCAGGACCCUAAGCUGGAGCUGAAUUUCCCUGGGAUCCCAGAGGGCCGGCAUCUGGGACCUUUGCUCUCUGUCAUGAGCCCUACUCCCCUCUCCUCACCCUUGCCUGAUAGCCUCGAGACACCUGUGCCUGCCUUUCUGAAAAGCCAGGAAUUCCUCCAGGCCCGUACUCCCACCUUGGCCAGCACCCCUAUCCUACCCACACUUCAGGCUCCCUGCCCCAAUACAGAUGCAGAAAUCAGAGCUCAGAAUGACCCUCUCUCCCUGCUCCAGCCACAGGCUGGGAGGCAACAGGCUCCAGAGGCCACGUGGGCUGAAGCCAAGGUGGCCAUCCCUGCCAGGGUCCUUCCAGAACCAGAGGAGCCUGGGGGCAAGCAGCAAGAGGUCAGCACAGGACAGUCCCCUGAAGAUCAUGCCUCCUUGGCCCCACCUCUCAGCCUUGACCAUCCCAGUUUAGAAGCCAGAGAUGGAGAACCUAGUGGGUCUAGAGGGUCCAGCAGAUUCCAGGAGGAAGGUGAAGGGCAAAUCUGGGGGCUAGCAGAAAAAGAAACAUUCAUAGAGGUCAAAAUGGUGAACAGUUUGCAGCAGGAAACAGAACAAAAAGAGGGGGCUCCGGAUAUGAAUGAAGUUCAGAACACUCAAGGUCCUUUGGAAAAAGAAACUCUGAAGUCUGUAGAAGAGGAAAUUCAAGAACCACUGGUGUCUCUGGAAAAACAGAGCCACGAGUCACUGAGAUCUCUAGAGAAGGAAACUCAAGAAUCUCUGAAAUCUUUAGAAGAAAAGAACUUAGGAACACCAGAAAGUCUAGAAAAGGAGACUCAAAAACUAAUGACGUCUCUUGAAGGUAGUCUAGAGACAUUUUUAUGUCCAGGAAAGGAAAGUCAAGAAUUAGUGAAGUCUCUAGAAGAAGAGAGCUUUGAGUCAUUGAAAAAUCUGGAAAAGGAGAAUCAAGAGCCAUUGUGGUCUCUAGAAGAUAAGAAUCAAGAGACCUUGAGACUUCCAGAAAAAGAGAAGCAGGAGUCCUUACGGUCUCCAAAAGAUGAGAAUCAUGAGACCUUGAAGCCUCUAGAACAAGAGGUUCAGGAGCCACUGAGGCCUCUAGAAGAGGACCAGGAGACAUUGAGGUCUCUAGGAAAAGAAAACAAGGAGUCCCUAAUGUCUUCAGGAGAUGAGAAUCAUGAGACCCUGAGCCCUCUAGAAAAAGAGAACCAGGACUCCCUGAGGUCUCUAGAAGAAGAGGGCGAGGAGGCAAUAGGACCUCUAGAAAAAGAGGUCCAGGAGCCAUUGAGGUAUCUAGAAGAGGUUCAGGAGACAUUAAGGCCUCUAGAAAAAGAGACUCAACAGCCACUGAGAUCUCUAGGAGACCAGAUGACACUGGGACCUCUAGAAAAGGUGAAACCAGAGACACUAAUGUCUCUUGAAAAAGACCAGGAGGUAUUUAGACCUCUUGAAAAAGAGAAUCAAGACUUAAGGUCUCUAAAAGAAGAGAAUGUAGAGGUAGUGAGAUCUUCAGAAACAGAAAAUCUAGAACCACUAAAGUCUGCAGGAGAAGACCUGGAAAUACUGAAAUCUCUAGAAAUGCAAGAGCCUCUGUGGCCUCUGGAAGAUAUGAAUCAGGGGACAGUGAACGCUCUAGAAAAGCAGAAUCAAGAAGCACUGAGAUCUCUGGGAGAGUGGAAUCUAGAGAAUUUGAGAUCUACAGAAGAGGGAGACAAGGAAAAUCAAAGGUACCUGGAAGAGGAAGAGAACCUGGAGGAGGGAGAGAAGCAAGAGUUGCUGGGGUCCCUAGAAGAGGAAGGACAGGGGUGGCCAUUGUCUGCAAACAUGCGAAGGCAGGAGGAUGCGGUGGGGCACCAAGAACUGGAUGAGGAAAUGCCCCCUGGGAGGGCUGGAGUAGAGAGUGAGGAUGAGGCAGGGCUGGACCUGAGGGACCAGGAUGGCUUCACGGGGAAGGAGAAGUCUGUAGAGCAGGGAGAGCUGCGGGUGACAGGCACCGGGGAGGCCUGGAGCACAGCUGAGGGGCACCCAGGGAGCCCUGAGCCCAAAGAGCAGGGGGUCCCACUUGAGGGAACCAGUAGGGAAGGAGGCACUGAGGGCCUCCAGGGCCCUGAAGGGCAGCCAGAGCAUGUGGGGGCCCCAGGCCUCCCGGCUCCCCAGGGAACAUCAGAAGUGAUACAGCGGAUGUUAGAAGGUGAGGAUGAGGCCCCAGGGGGUACCCAAGUCUCCUCAGAGGCCACACUGGGAUUAGAGACAGAUGUGGGUGAGUCUACUGCGGGCACAGAGCAGGGAACCGGAACCGAGCAGGGGACCACACAGGAGGCGGCAGGGCUAGAGGAUCCAGGCCAUGUGGCCACAGAGGAGGCGAUGGAGCCGCCCCCGGGGCAGGAAGGUCUGGAGACAAAGAGGGUGCAGAGCUUGGGGGAGCCCAGGAAGGAGCUGGAGGAGGCAGCUGCUCUGGGGCCAGAGCUCUCCACUCCACCCAGUGGGAGCAGAGACCCCGGGGAGCCAGCUCAGCACUGGGAGGUGCCAGCGCCUGAGGCCCCCUGGGAGGCAGACGGGUUCCCCACCUUGAGCCAUGAUGGACGUGAUAUCCCUCAACCCAGGCCCCUGGUGCCAGAGGAAGCAGCGGAGGAUGCAAGACUAGUGCCGGGGUCCCCUGAGCCCUGGUUGCCCACCCCAAUCCCUGGAGAUGCCCCUGGGCACCUGGCUGAGGGGUGCCAGGAGGCUAGCUGGGGGCUGCAGGGCUCGGCUGAGGCCCUGGGAAGGGUAGAGGGCGAACAAGAGGAGCUGAGUUCUGGGGAGGUCCCCGAGGGCCUCCAGGACGAGGGUGAGGAGAGCAGAGAAGAGAGUGAGGCCGAUGAGCUUGGGGAGACUCUCCCCGACUCCACUCCCCUGGGCCUCUACCUCAGGUCCCCUGCCUCUCCCAGCUGGGGCCUGGCUGCGGAGCAGAGGCCUCCCCCUCAAGGGGAUGCCGGGAGGGAAGGCUGGGGUCCCGCCGUCCUGGCCCCUGAGGGCCCUGGGUCCCAGCUCUCGGAGGAGGAGGAGGAUGGAGAUGAGCGGGGCCAGGACUCCGACCUGUCGGAGGAAUUUGAGGACCUGGGCACCGAGGCGUCUCUCCUUCCCAGGGUCCCCAGGGAGGUGGUGGAGCCCACAGCCUGGGAGCAGGACGGGGAGUCUGACGGAUUUGCAGAUGAGGAGGAGAGUGGGGAGGAAGAGGAGAGGGCGCCCGGAGUUGGGCGGUGGGGCCCGGGGUCCUCCGCUGGCAGCUUCCCAGCCCCGAGUGGCCCUCAGACAGAGACCCUCCCAGAGUCUGAGACGGUGCCUGUCAGUGUCCCUUGGGAUGACAGCUUGAGGGGCACAGUGGCCCACGCCCCCCUGACCGCCCUGGAGACCGAGGCCCGGCACAGCACUGAGUCCUCCGGAUCAGAGGGGGAGCCUGACCCCGCUCCCUCGGAGAGGGAGGACCGAGUCCCUGGCCCUCUGGACACCCCCAGUGGGGUGGAGGACACGGGCCUGGGGGUAGGGGACACACCUGAUGUCAAUGGCCAGGGUCCCAGCUUGAAGGAGGAGCUGGAGCACGUGAAUGGGGGGGUGGUAAACGGGCUGGAGCAGACUGAGGGAGGAGGGCAAGGGGAACUGGGGGCCCCCGAGGGGGACCGAGGGAGCCCCCUGGAGGAGGAGGAGGGAGGAGCCCUGAAGACCCCUUGGGCAGGGGCUGUCCACCUGGGCCCGAGCCAGUUCCUGAAGUUCACUCCGAGGGAAGGAGAGGGAGAUUCCUGGACCUCAGGGGAAGACUAGGGAAAGAGCUCCUCCUCCCUCACUGCGGACUUGUGGGGGGCGGUGUCACCAAGCCCCAUGGUCCCCCCAGGGGCGGCACCCUUAGCUUAGUAUCUCUCUUCCUGUGGUUUCUGUCCAGGAGGUCUGGCUGGCCAAGGUGAAAUGGGGGCAAGAGUGGGGCUCCAGGAAUAAAUGCCCAUCCAUUGGACCCUGCAAAGGGGACAUUCUGCCCACACUGCCCAUGAGGCUUCAGCCAGCUGGGUCCUUGUAGGACUAGGCCCCAUUCCUUGCACCCUCUCCUCCCCAACCUGUCAGCUGGGAAAGGCGUGGAGCCCAGUAGCUCCUCUGAGGGAGAGGGGGCUGCAGCCCUCCCCCACCUCACUGCAUCCUCACGGGAUGUCUGGCCACCCCAUGAGGGUGAGGGGCUGCUCCUAUGUCCCAGCCCCCAUUUUCCUGCCAUUCUGGUCCCAUCUGGUUUAUCCCUGCCUGAAUAAAGGAAUGCCUCUGCCUACAGA